AUGCGUUUCAUUUGUAUGGAAGCUCUCUUGGCUAGUAAAGGUUGGGACAUUAUAGAUGUACAACUGCUACUUGAUAUUCCUCUCAUUCCUCGCACGUCCGAUGGAUGGCUGCAUCGUGAGAAGAAGGCGCUCGGACUUGCAGGAAGUCAACGAUUCAGUCGCGUCGAUGGGAUAUCAUUCGACUUAAACACGGGUGAAAUGCAAUUUCACUUCCAGACAUCUAGGAAUCGUGAUGGAACGGACGCCAUGUUUAGCUCCAAUGAUGUGACUGAAGUGUUCCAACAAGGUAUACCCGCAGCCUUUUUCACACUCAAUGAACCUGAUAAAGAUUAUCAUGCACAUCCUUUUCAUCAAAUGCUCUACAGCCCACCUGCUCUUGUUGGCACGCAAUACCUUGCAACAUUACUGCAUACCGAUUAUCUUCUCAAGAUGCUCACGACGGGAACGGAAAUCUGUGCUAAGGCACCAUUCAACAUGCGCUCAAUUGCUGACAGCUGUUUUCAACGUCUUCCAAAGCAUCUGCAAGACAAGCUUAAGCCAUUACACGAUCGUGAGCACAAUUUUAGCUUGGGUCGAACACAUCGAUUUUGGAUUGAGGCAGAUCCUUUAGUAUAUGAACAACAAAAUUCGACAAGUCAUAUCACGUUUCGCGUUGCUAAUGUACAUCUUCGUGUGCGUAAACAUCUUCUUAUUCGUAAUGCUAACGGUCAGUUGGUCGAUGACGAUGAGGCGAACGAGACCGAAGAAGAACAGCGUUCGCCAGAAAGUCAAUUUGCUAAGGCAUUCACUGAACAUUAUGAUGAAAUCGGAACCUACUUUCCAGAACUACUUCGACUCAAAGAACUUUUAAAACUGAGCGCUCUCUACUUAUUCGCACGUGGCCGCUGUUCCCAGCUAGCUGUGCCAUACAAACUUCAACCUUUUGUGAAUCAACUAGUCGAAAAUCGCCGUUCCAUCGAGUAUCCACAUGCAACACAAGCGAAUAUUGAACGAGACUACAGCCAGAUAUUGUCAACCAAUAAUGUGCAAGCCCAUGGGGUACCACACACUGAAGCGACUCGUGUGAAACAAGGGAUACGCUCACAGCUCGAAAAAAUCGAUCGAGAAAUAGUCGAAAUGCUUGUAUCGUCCAUAUGCAAACAGGCCCACACAAAUGUUUCGAGUUUACCAAGAUCGCUCGUGGAACAUUGGUUGAACAAUCAGUAUCGAGCUACAGAAAAUCUAGCACAAUUUGUGGUGAACGGUCUUGCAGCGUUUCAUCUUACUCUUAUGCAUCCAAUCACAAAGCUGAAAAUAUGUCUACAAGACAUUGGUGAACAAUCAGCCAGUCUGAGACAUUUUGAUGAUACUUGCAACUGGGUGCCAGCUGCUUUUUGCAACAAACUCGGCACAGGUGUACGCAUUUAUGGUGGGGUCAACUUACAACUCAAACUAGUAGAGGGUAACGUAUCUGGAAACAAUUUGACUCAAACAUUUAAUGCCGCUACCGUUAUUAACAGUCAAUCCAAUGAUUCAGCAAGAGGAAAAGAACAGAAAGAGGCAGCUACAAGAGAAUGGGAGGCGAAAGUAAAUGCCGGUCGGAAAAGAGAAACGGCGUCAGGUGGUAGUAGGAGGGGCGGCUCCUCGGACAAUUCGGGACGAAAUGUUGAUGGUGGUGGUGGUGGUGGUGGUGGUUACAUCGGUGAUGAUGAGCCGACGUCUAGCGAUCGUAGAGAUGCAGACGGUGUUCCAAGUUGGUAUAGUGGUACAACAGAGGAGUACUACAGAGAGCGAAAACAAGCAUCAGACGCUCAACGACGUCUUAAGACAGGAGAAUUUCGAACAAUUGAUCGCAUCGACACACGUCCUGAAAUAAUGUGGGAAGUCGAAUUUAAGGAUGGUUCUUCGCUUCAAAAAAAUGGUCGAUGGAAACAUGGCGGACGGCCAAUAUCAAAUAAAGAAGAAGCUUUUCUCCAGCAGUAUGGCUGGGUACUUCCCGCCAAAUGA